GUGCCCUUCUCUCUCUCUCUUCCUCUUCCUCACACCCCUCUCUCUCUCUACAGUGGAGUUCCUGGAGAUCUAUGCAUGACUAAAAAAAAGCUAUAUAUAAAGUGGGAAUUGUGAAGGAGAUCUAGCUAGAGAGAUAAUAAUAAUAACAAUAACAAUAACAAUGGGGAGGGGAAAGAUUGAGAUAAAGAGGAUCGAGAACACGACGAGCCGCCAAGUCACCUUCUGCAAGCGGCGCAACGGCCUGCUCAAGAAAGCGUACGAGCUGUCGGUGCUUUGCGACGCCGAGAUCGCCCUCGUUAUCUUCUCUACCCGAGGCCGGCUUUACGAGUACUCGAAUAGCAGCAUAAGAUCAACCAUUGAGAGGUACAAGAAGGCCUGUUCCAACAGUCCAAAUUCAAGCUCCACUGUAGAGGUCAAUUCUCAUCAAUACUAUCAGCAAGAAGCAGCGAAGCUCCGCCACCAGAUACAGAUUCUGCAAAAUGCAAACAAGCACCUCAUGGGUGAAGCACUGAGUAAUUUGACAGCUAAAGAGCUCAAGCAACUCGAGAACAGGCUCGAGAGAGGCAUUGCUCGGAUUAGAUCAAAGAAGCAUGAGCAGCUGUUUGCGGAGAUCGAAUACAUGCAGAAAAGGGAAGCAGAUCUUCAAAAUGACAAUAUGCACCUCAGAGCUAAGAUAGCAGACAGCGAGCGAGCGCAGCAGGCUAACAUUGUAUCCGGUGGAACCGAAUUGGACGCUCUUCCGACGUUUGAUUCGAGAAACUACUAUCAUGUCAGUAUGUUGGAUGCAGCAUCGCACUACUCGCAUCACCAAGAUCAGACCACACUUCAUCUCGGGUACGAAAUAAAAGCCGAUCCAGCUGCGAAAAAUUUGCUCUAAAUUGUGUGUGUGUGUGUGUGUAUGUGUGUGUGUGUGUGUGUCCUUUUGCUUAUUGAGUGUCCUAGCAACAUCAAUCAUAAGGUGAUAAGUGUUUGGUAAUUAAUGAUAUGUUUGAACACUAGCACUUAAUUUGUACUGAUCUCUAAAUUCUGCUGUUUUCGGUGUGCGCAAUUUGGUUAUGAAAUAAAAAUAAGUAUCAGAAGAAGUAAA